CAAAGAAGCUUAUUUAAUUAGUAUUGCAAAACUUAUUAUUUGGAAUAAAGCCCCAAUGACUAAUAAAUUUGUAUUUAAAGCUCUUAAUCAAAUAUUUCAUAAUAUUAUGAAGAUAAAUAAACUAUUUGGUGAAAAAGUUAUUGUUUUUGGUAGUAAUUUUUGUAAACAAACUAAUAAUAUUAAUGAGAAUCAAAAACAAAAAGAAUUUGCUAAGUUUCUUUUACAAAUAGGAGAUAGAACAUACCCAAUUGUUGCAGAUACAGAAAAUAGAAUAACAAUCCCUUCUGAUAUAGUUGUAGCUA